UCUUGACUUUACUUCAAUCACUUCUUAUCCAACCUAUCCAAUCGGCGCUAGCUUCGCACAGGUUCAUCAUCUAUUCGAUUGAAUUUCUCGUAUCAUCGCAAUCUACCUAGACAGGUACUCAAGGGGUCAUGCAGCUAGACGAAAGCGAGCGCAAGCCGCUUAAUGGUGAUCCUUCAUCCACGCAUCCGGCGGAGAGCAAUGGCGUCGCGAUGGCUGGUCCCAAGAGAGCAAGAGAAGCGGAUGAAGGCAACACUGACGCGAUGGCAGCCAGAGAAGGAACGGCUCUGUCGCCUACCACACAACGCAAGCGUCAAGCCGUAGCUUCGCCCUCACCACCGCCAGUCACUGUCAGCAUACAAGAUCUUCUUGGUCCUGGCCCACAGCCAAGAGCGCCGCAAUCACCCUUGGCCACGAUCGCGCCGUCGCUCGCAUACAUGGAUGAUGCAGACACUUCCACAUCCACUGGAGGCCCUCUGUCAGUCCCGUCUGUUGCCAGCCUCGCCCCCAUUCCACUCCUCGUCGACUCGCAGCAAGCAAUCCCUUCUUCUUCCCUCUCGUCAGGUCCGUCCUUACUGGACGCCAUCUCCGGCCCCGCGUCCUCAGCAUCAACUCAGUCUCCUCCUUCGUCGCCGCCAGAAAUCUUCGCUUCACAGGCAGAAGUGCCCCGCAUCGGCGGUUGGGUCGUACCUCGACCCAAGGCGGACUGGGAGAAGCCGCUGGUCGGGGAGGCACUGCUUGAGCUACUCGGCGGCAGUACCUCUGCGGCUAGGGAGAGUGGAAGUGAGGAAGACGAGGAUGGGAUUUCGAGGCUCAGGAGGAAAGAUCUGGCUGCGUGGUGCAACCCUUGGCUGCGGGCGAGUAUGGAAAUGGAGGCGGCGAGUCAGGAAGGAGACGAUGAGGAUGAGCCGCUGUUGGCCUUUCUGCCGCAAUGGAGAAGCGCUUUGCGGGCUCAGAGUGGGAACGAGCAGGACAAAGCUCAUACUUCGAAGGCAGCAGCAGCAGCAGCAGCCGAUUCAGCAUCAGCACCCGCGAUACUACCAGAAUCCCCGGCUCUGAUCCCGUCGACACAGCCGACUCCUCCGCCGUCUGGCUCAUCGUCUCGCAUCAUGCCAGGCUCGGCGAGUAAGUCAAUUGCGACGGAGCCCAUUGCAGUGGCAGAAGCAGCUCCACUGGCCUCAUCGUCGCCAGCUGCUCCGGUCGUCGCGCCUCCACCAGCCCCGCCCUCAACCGCCAAUGGCCUGUCGUCGAGCAGCUCUCUUUCCCUCCUUCCAAAGGAGGAUGUCCUUCGUCGUCUGCUAUCUCUCGCAGAGUAUGCACCUGGAGCGUCAGCCCGCCUUAAAGACGUGAUGCUUACCCGCGUGCUUGAGGGUGAGUUUGGACUGCGUCCGCCCACGACGGGGGAGGAGCCAGAGGUCGAGGAUGCUCUGGAGGCGGUCAUGCGACUGGGUGAUACGGGGAUCGUACUUGAUGAUGAGGCAAAGAUGGGCGAGGAUCUGGUAAUGGUCGCGACGGAGGGCAACAGGGUGGAUGUGCUGGGCUUGCCUCGCAUCUUAGCGCGGAGGCUACUUGAUACGGGCAAGGAGCAGAACGAUGAGAAACAGGAGGACCUUGCGCCGCCCGCGCCUCCCGCCAUUGCCGUCACCUCCAACGACGAAUCCGCCUCGUCGAGCAGCGUCAAUGAGCUCAGCACGCUCCGCAGCUCCCUCUCUUCCCUCCAAUCAGCGCACGACGCCGUCCUCUCCACAAACAGCACUCUCACCUCGCAGCUGGCCUCAACGCAGUCCGAUCUGGAUCUCAUUCGCGACCUCUACUCCUCUUCCUCCAGCUCUGCCCGCUCCACCCAACUCGAGGCUGAAACACUGCGAGGAGAGAACGAGAAGCUGCGUCUCCAAGCCACAGAGGGCGUGAGAAUGCACGCGGAACGCUUUCGCCUCGCGAGGGUUCGUUGGGAGGAACGAGAGAGAGAGCUAGAGGGGCGGCUGAGGCUGUUGCAGGGCGUGGUCACGCGAGAGGAGGAGAUAGAGCGCAGAAGAGAGGCAGCGAGGGAUGUUGCUUGGAAACGUGGUGAAACAGAGAGGAGGAGGAGAGAGGAGAGGGAAAGAAGGGAGGCAGAGGAGUUGAUGGAGUUGAGGCGGGAGGCGGCAAUGGUUGCUGGAGCUAUAGACGUUGCAGAGAGUGACGGCAUGGCAGAGGUCUUUGCUCCGGUGGAGACGAAUGGGCCGUCUUCACCACGCCCGGCUUUGAUACCAGCAGGGGAAACAGCGCCGAUGCUGUUGGACGUUGGACCCGAUGGCAACGACGAAGCACCCCUUACCACCGCCAACGCCCUCGAUGCACCGGCGCUACUGACGACGUCGUCGUCUUCACUGCCUGUCCCAUCUCGUGGAGCAGACCCUCUAGACGUGUUGACACCGAGCGAUCCUGCCCCCUCUGCUGCGCCUGCCGAAGGAACCCUCGCCUCUGCCUUUGGGCCAUCAGCAGACAUCUCGCAGCCCCCAACCCAAUCGUCGUAGUAGCCAGCGGACUUAGGAGCCUAGCGAUCAUUCAUUCUGUAAAUCGACCUCGCAUGCCAAUACCCAACUGCGCGAUUCGCUCUUGUUGCAAAGAGCCGUGCCAUCAGCGUAGCCAGGGGUCGUCGUGAUACGGCCGCUUGGUGUGGCGACGCUCGCAAGGAAGUAUCGGAGAGAAAGUGAGCAACGUAGCAACCGAGCACAGAUGAAUGCUG